GUUGGCACCAUCGGCGGCUGGGCACAGGCUGGUGGACACAACCCGCUCUCCCGCGAAUACGGUAUGCAAGCAGAUAACAUCGUGGAGUUCGAAGUUGUCCUCGCAGAUGGCACGUUCGUCAAGGCAUCUGAGUGCAGCAAUCCUGAUCUUUUCUGGGCUCUGCGAGGAGGUGGUGGUUCAACUUUCGGUAUCGUCACCGCCGCAACUGUCAAGGUCUACCCAACACCACCGAUGGCU